AUGGACCGCCUUCGCAGCCGUAGCAACAGUAGCAACCACAGCAGCAGUGGAGACACUGCCGCCGAUUCCGAUUCCAUCGCUUCCGGGUUCCCCAUUCUAGGGGAUAACGUGUCCCCCGUAGCACCAGACCGCCACCCGAGUAUGCAGCAACCCCACUCCAGCAGCCGAAGCUCCACUGCCAGAGCUCCACGCUUUAGCUUUCGAGCGAGUGCGAUUCGUGCCACAACCAGCAAGCGCCGGUUCGGGAGCACGACGUCCCCCUUAUCGCAGACCCCAUUCUCCUCCUCGUUAUCCUCUUCUUCUUCCUCCUCCUCUUCCUCUUCGUCGUCGUUAUCGUCCCUGUCCAUGUCGAGCUCGUCGCUAUCAAGCUCCAGCUCACUCACCGACCGCCUCACAAUGAUGAAGAUCCCCAUGCAGGACCUCAAAGGCGCGGUCUUUUACGGCUGGCUCUGGAAACGGGGACACACGUUCAAGACGUGGAAAAAGCGCUUUUUCCUCCUGAAUGGCGCGGCACUGACGUACUACAAACAGUGCUGUGUGAUCACGUGGGACAUUCUCGGUGGAGGCAUCCGCUGUCUCGAUCUCCCGGUGCGAGGGGGACUUCGAGUCGCUCAGGCUGAAGCUUCGGACUUGACGAGUUUCGGCCUCCGGAUCACGAGUUCCAGCGGUCGGCUGCUCUACGUGCAAGCAGGCGACCUCGAGUCCAGGACGCAGUGGCUUAAGGUCUUGAAGGACGCGCCACAGAGACGAGCCGCGCAAUUGGGACAAGAACCUUUGCGUCAGACAAUGGUGAGUGACCUGUCGAGUCGCCGGUCGUGCCGGCUGAAUGACAGUCAGUCGCCUUCGAUGCAUAGUGGCGAUAGCAGUGAAGAAGAAGAAGAAGGAGGACGAGGCGGACGCGAGCGGGAGAUGCAGGGCUAUUUGACGAUCCGCGGCGGACUGCUCUCGGGCUGGAAGAAGCGCUUUGUGACGUUGCAAAAGGGGCACUUGGUGCUCCAGCGCAGCCACGUGGUGCGCCAAAGUAUGGCAGGUGAAGGGAAAGAGUCGACGGACAAGCAGUUGGAAGUGUUGUCGGCAGCGGCGUGGACGGGCCACGUCAAUGGACUGUGUAUCCGGCUAGCGAACCACAAGGAGAUGUUUGCAUUUGCGGACCACGACGUGGACGCGACAAUGUGGUUGACGGCAUUAAAGAGCUGCUAA